GUCGUUCGGGAAAUCGGGAAUUUGUCGCAAUGAAGUAUUUGGGUGGCAUUGCUCUCCUUGUCGCCUUGUUGGCCAUCAACAUUAAGGACGCACAGGCUGUCUGUGGCUACGAAUCAUGUCCUGCCACACAGCCAAACAUGAUCAACAUCCAUAUGGUACCCCAUUCCCACGACGAUGUCGGCUGGCUAAAGACAGUUGACCAGUACUUCUACGGCCAUCGCAGCAACAUCCAGCACGCUGGUGUCCAGUAUAUUAUUGACACAGUUGUUGCUGAACUCAUCAAGGAUCCCAAACGUCGCUUUAUUCAGGUGGAGACAUCGUUCUUCCAUAAGUGGUGGUCCGAGCAGUCGGAGACUUCUAAGCAGGUUGUUCACAAGUUGGUGGAGGAAGGUCGCUUGGAAUUCACUGGAGGUGCCUGGGCCAUGAACGAUGAGGCAGCCGUUCACUACCAAAGUGUGGUUGAUCAGUUUACCCUUGGAUUGAAAUUCUUGGAUGACACCUUUGGAACUUGUGGCCGUCCCCGCGUCGGUUGGCAAAUUGAUCCCUUCGGUCACUCCCGUGAGCAGGCCUCGAUAUUUGCUCAAAUGGGAUACGAUGGUGAGUUCUUCGCCCGCAUGGAUCACAACGAUAAGGACAAGCGUUUGGAUGACCUAGCCAUGGAAAUGAUUUGGGAUGCCAGUGAGUCGCUGAGCAACGAUGAGCUUUUUACUGGUAUGCUGUACCGUCACUACUCCGCUCCCCCCGGCUACUGCUUUGAUGUCCAUUGUGGCGAUGAUCCCAUUAUUGAUACGAAGAGUUAUGACAACAAUGUCAAGUCCAGGGUGGAUGAUUUCCUUAGCUAUGUCUCUGCUGUGGCUGAAAAUUAUCGCUCGAAUCACGUGAUGAUUCCCAUGGGAGACGAUUUCCAGUACGAAGAUGCUCAGGUUAACUUCAAGAAUAUGGAUAAGCUUAUCAAAUAUGUCAAUGAACGCCAGUCCGAGGGAUCCACCUACAAUCUUUUCUACUCCACCCCUGGUUGCUAUCUGCACUCUCUUCACGAGAGUCUGCAAAGUUGGCCCAACAAGACCGAAGAUUUCUUCCCCUAUGGAAGUGACACCAACAGCUUCUGGACUGGUUACUUCACCUCUCGUCCCACUCAAAAACGCUUCGAGCGUGAUGGAAACCACAUGCUGCAGGUUGCCAAACAAUUGAGCACACUUGCCCAUCUCACAGGCGAACAGCAGAAAGAAGAUUUGCUCUACCUACGUAAGAUUAUGGGUGUUAUGCAACAUCACGAUGCCAUUACUGGAACUGAAAAACAGCAUGUUUCUGAUGACUACGAUCGCCUGUUAUACGAUGGCAUUCUUGGAGCCGCAAACACUGCCCGCGAUGCCCUGCGCGAGUUAACAAACCUGCCUGAGGGAGAGUUUGAGUCUUGCCUACAACUGAACAUCAGUGUGUGUGCCUUCACCAAAGAUAGUGCUGACAAUGUUGUCGUUACUUUGUUCAAUCCAUUGGCCCAUUCUGCCACUGAGUAUGUGCGCAUUCCGGUUAAAAAGGAGAGCUACGAAGUGACCGAUGAACAGGGCCGCACUGUAGCCUCUGAGGUUGUCCCAGUGGCCUGGCAGAUUUUGGACUUGGACUUCCGCAGCAACGAUACCCAACAUGAUUUAGUUUUCAAAGCUUCUGUCGACAAAAUUGCCCACUUUUACAUCAAGAAGGUUGACUCAGGAGAUAGUGACUCAAAGACUCUAGUGAAAAUCAAUGGACACAAGUCAGAAGUGCCCAAGCGUUUCAAGAAGGUCCACGCAAUGCAAAAUGUUGAGACUUACGAUGAUGAUGACUCUGGUGAGACUGUCGUGCAGAAUUCGCUUAUCAAAUUGGUGAUCGAUAACAGCUCUGGCCGUUUGAAGACUAUCGAGAUGAACGGUGUCUCUGAGAGCGUUGAACAGAAGUUUGCCGUUUAUGAGACUAAAGAUUCGGGAGCUUAUGUUUUCCGUCAGAACGGUGACAUUAAAGAGGUAGACGAUGAUGUGGAGUUCUCAGUAUACGACGGUACCUUGGUUAAAGAAGUUCACCAACAGGUGAGCGAAUAUAUCUCGCAAGUGAUUCGCAUCUAUGAGGGUGUUAAUCGCGUUGAGUUCGAAUGGCUGGUUGGCCCUAUUCCCACGGAUUCUGAUACUGCUAGAGAAAUUGUCUCACUCUUUAAAACUGGAAUUUCGUCUGAUGGCGUGUUCUACACUGAUUCCAAUGGUCGAGAAAUGUUGAAGCGUCAAAAGAACAAGCGUGAAAACUACGAUCCUGACUUGGGUCAGCAACCUACCAGUGGCAAUUACUAUCCCAUUACCUCUCGCAUUGCUUUGGAAGAUAGCAAGAAGCGUUUUGCCGUCCUUAACGAUCGUGCUCAAGGUGGCUCCAGCAUGCAAAAUGGAGAAUUGGAGAUUAUGUUGCACCGUCGCCUGAUUCGUGAUGAUGGUUAUGGUGUUGGUGAAGCUCUGAACGAGGAAAAAUUCGGAAAUCCUCUGAUUGCUCGUGGUAAACUUCACGUGAUCCUGAACACUGCUGGAAGUAAGGCAACUGCUGCCGAGCGAAAGGCCGAAAAGGAAAUUCACUUGCCAUUCGCCAAGUUCUUCAGCAAGAAACCUUCCACCACCAGCACUGCCGUCGCCAAGGCCCUCCCCAGCUUCGAUGACUUCCCUCAGUCUGUUCAUUUGUUCUCUCUGGAGCCCUUCUCCGACAACGAGAUUCUGUUCCGCGUAGAGAACUUCCUGGAUCACAAUGAGGGCAAUGUAGUAAGCUUCAACAUUCGUCCCAUCUUUGACAGUUUAAAUGGUCUGGAGAUCCGUGAAACUUCCUUGGAUGGUAACUUGCCUCUGAGCGACAUGAAGCGUUUCAAAUUCCACCAUGAUGGUUCUGGAGUCAGGCCCACAUCUGUUGAAUACACGUACCCUACCCACAAACCUCUAGCUGCUGAUAAGUCGCAAGAUGCUUCUGAUUUCAGCGUCACUCUGAAUCCGAUGCAAAUUCGUACUUUCAUCAUUAAGUAUGAAUAGAUAUGGUUCUUAAAAUUUGUAUUACCUUUGACAAUAAAUAAAUAAAUCAAUAUUAAA